CUGGGUUGUGUUAUUGUUGUACAAACGAAAACAGGGAUCAAAAUUGAAAGGCAGUGGAAGAUGCCGGAGCGGGGAAGACAUCAUCUGAGGAGGGAAGGGCAAUCAGAGCACAAGAGCAGGGAUUAUUCACACAAUGGUCCAGAUUCUGUUUAUGACAGCCAAAACAACCACCAGAAGCCAAGAAAAACGGAGGAGCAAGGCUCUGAUGGUGACAAGAGGGCCAAAGAAAACAGACACAGAGAAAUGAGAGGUGCCCCUCCAAAUGAGCCACGUGCUCACAGAGAAUACUAUCACGAGGAACCCUCAAUACCGUCCACGAGGACAUCAGUUCAUCACUCAGAGAGAGAGUAUUAUGAGCAUCAACGCAAGCAAGCCCUGUACAAUUUCAGAUACACCUUCACCAAUCGAGGUCUCUGCCAGCUCAUGGAGGUCUUUGUGAAUCUGCUUCUAAUAAUCUGUGCCGGCGUGCCGUACAGCAACAAUGGUGGCUACCGUGACCUGGCCAGUCUGGGCGGGAUCUACGGUUAUUACUUUGGAGGAGCUGGCUCUUUCAGCGGAGCUGAUGCAGACAGAGUGAAAGAGCUCGACAGACAGUUCCACCAACUCAAGCAGCCUCCAUACGUCUUUACCAUGGUGUUUGCGGGGGUUUUAAUGAUCUACGCCUGCGCCAUGUUUGCCCUGGGAAUUUUCAGGGUCCCGUACCGCUGGCCCCCUGUUCUUCUGGGGGAGGCUCUGCUGAAUUUGCUGAUAGGUUUGGGCUACAUCCCCGCACUCGCCUUCUACUUUAUUAAACUGCAAGAAACCUACAAUAAUCCAAUUUGUAAGGAGAGAGAACAAAUGUACAAGAACAAAGGGCACAAGGGCUUUGAAUGUCAGUUCCAUGGUGCAGAUAUUGCAGGAGGACUCUUUGGGGUGGUAGCUGUGUUUGUUUUUAUAGUUUGCGCGGUAUUUACUGUCAGAGCUUUCAGGUCAGUGCAAGAGCUUAAGAAGCAAAGAGCAAAUGAGGAGGAUGAUUUUUAA